CCUGUCGAUCGUCCGCUUCCAGUCUAGUGAGGCCAUCUUCCUGCCAGAUACUGAACUCGGCUCGUCGCCGACCACGCUGACUACUGCUGCAAUGUUCGGCAGUAUAGAUGCGCGACCGUCGUCUGCCCCGCUCAAUGGCUUAGCGCUGAAAUAAGCUUUUUUGUAAGGACGAUGUAAUGCCUACUUGGCCCAUAUGCGACUACGGUUAUUUGAUAAGAGGAGAAUCUUUCAACUCCUACGAUAGGUGCCGAGUGAGUAUAUCGUGCAGCGGGAAUGAUUCGAUGGACUUGAUGGAGCGCGGGACCCCGGCACGCCUUAGAGUUGUUCUCAUGUCGCGUCGUUGUCGUCGUCAUCGUCGUCGUUCUCAUGGUUCAGAAACGCCGUGCAAGGUACUCCCUGUCUGUGCGAAUUCAGGCUCACGGUUAUGUGCUGCUUUCUCAACGGGAGUCCUUGUCCUCGUGCCUGACACUAAUCUUCAACCCCACAGACAGCUCGGAAUAAGGUUUGGCACCGAAGCGGGGAUUUGCGAAGUCUAUUUUCAGCGUUGUCGUUGCCCCAUUUCGCCCUCGGGACUAACUGGAGGUGUGGCAGACUACCAACUGAUAAUAAGCAAACGUAAGAUAAUUACCUCGAGUGAGCGUUGCGUUAAUCUUGCUCAAAAGCUUAAAUGUACGAACUUCGUUCUCCAAGAAGAUUGAAUUUUCGAAGACACUACGGUUCAAAGCUCCACAACAGAAAUUUUGUUGUCAAAGGUGUAACAACAUCCUCGCAUACGCAUGAUAUCGGCAGUCCAUUUGCUCAUUGCUCGUCACGCGGGUGGUAAACAGUCAAUGUCGAUGGUGAUGUUGACGCGGACCCACGAGGCUUAGCCGAUAGAGGACGGCUGUGAAACUGCUGAGAAUGUGUUUUCCGACCGU